AUGGCUAAGAUACAAGAACACUUACUUGAGACUCGUGGUGCAAUGAUAAAGGUUCUACCAGUGCUGAAACUCAAGAUUCAGGAACAACAUACAAGGCUGGACAUUAUAAAGGGGUAUGUAAAGCACCUGUCCGAGUUGUCUGGUGAGGAGAUUCGACAACCAAAUUUCACAGUUCACCAUCCUCUGAACGCUUACCGCUUCAUUCGGAACCAUUCGAUCAUCUUCAACGAGACGGCCACAAAACUUGUCUCUGAAAUCAAGCUAUUUGAAAAAGAAAAGGUCGAAAUUCAAAAGAUGAUGAACGAUUUGCCUCAACUGCCCAAGUCUGAGUAUGAGGGUGUCGUUCGAGGUAUAACAACUCUUCAAACGGUCUACGACUUAAAGACAUCCGAUAUUGCGAAUGGAAAAGUCAGGAAUAAUACGUCAGGGAUAAAACUUACUGCAAAAGAGUGUUCGGAUAUCGCUGUUGAGUGUUUCAAAAAUGACAAGCGAUACCUUGGUCACGAGUGGGUAGGGCAGGCUUCCAAUACAUGUCUGACGGAGGGAAAUACCACGACAACUCUGACCAGGAUCUACAUGGCAGCGGCAAAAGCGGCGGCUGGGGUCAACCAAACCGACGUGGCGGCGUUCUAUUAUAACGAAGUCGUAAAGGUUCGAGAUAGCAGGUAUCAUCGUCUUAAGCUAAAGGAGUACCUACAGAAGACAGAAGGGACACCAAUCUAUGACCUUCCUCAAGACUACAUUGAAUCACCAGUUAAGGACAUAAACGAACGUCUACAUAGUGAACUCUGCAAAGGACAGCGUGUGAACCAUUUACUCACACUACCUAAGCCCUGGCGUCCUCUCGAAUGUCGACUAGAAACAAGGGGCCAUCCACUGCUUCUCCUGCAGCCUAUCAAAAUGGAGGAAAAGAGUCUAGACCCAUAUAUUGUUGUCGCCCACGACAUGAUAAGCCCGGAAGAAAGCGAUCGGACCAGAAAGAUAGCGUUUCCGAGACUGCAGCGUGCGAUGGUUGGUCGGGGCAAAAGAAACGUGCACAAACGGCGGACAAGUCAAAAUAUAUUUCUACAAAAAUCAGAAUAUGACACGAACACAACGUUUAUCGCAAGAGUGGAAGCAUUUACCGGAAUGAAAAGGAUGUCAUACGAAAAAUACCAAAUCGGAAACUACGGAGUCGGUGGAGAAUAUUACUUACACCACGACUACUUCCCAAAAAUAAACGCGUCAAGCAAGGAACCGCAUAAAUCCGAUCAACGAAUAGCGACUUUCAUGGUGUAUCUGUCAGACGUACAAGCCGGGGGUGCCACCGUGUUUCCGCAUGCCGGGAUAAGCGUCUUUCCAAAAAAGGGCAACGCUCUUUUUUGGUACAACUUGUUCAACAAUGGAACGGAACAUCCAAACACGCGACACUCCGCGUGCCCGGUGUUGCUAGGCGACAAGUGGGUGGGGAACUUGUGGAUACGGCGCCACGGUCAAGAGUUCACGAAACCGUGUGGCCUUGACCGAUACAAGAGCGAUUGGAGUUAAAAAGCUUGUUUGGCUAGUCAUAGUUUGAAGACAGUAUAUCUGACUAAGUAUAUAUAUGUAUUGUCUCUUCAAAGAAUGUUUUGUCCUCCGAAUAUGGGGCAAAGGUCCCAUUAUUUGGACGGUAUUCUAAUGGUAUUUUCGUGACCCUUUGCUGUAUAUCAGUACAUGUAAUAUACCAUUUUUCUUGGUCGUCAUUCUAUUACAUGCACUCUUUCAAUGGAAAGUACAUACAAUAAUAAAUCUGGAUAACUAAUUGGAUGCUAAUUUGGACCAUGAGCUUAAAUCAUAUUUUAUUAUUUUAUAUACUUUUUAUUUCAUUUUGCAUUGAGAUAUAUUUCAAGUUAUUAUUUUCAAUGAACUAACCACGUGCUAAGAUCGAUCAAGGGAAUUUGAUAACCAAUAAACAUGUAUGUUUGAAUGUAUUACUUUAAAGUUCUCGCUUUUUGUACAAGUUCUCAUUACCAUCAUGUUGAUGAAAAACUGACAUUAUUAGUGCUUUUGUUUUCCUAAAACAUAAUAUAUAUCAAGGAGGUUAAA